AUAGCCUCUGCUCUUGGGUCGGGGGGUUUUCCAUCUCCAUAUUUACACAUUCACACACAGUCUCUCUCUUCCUCUCUCUCUGUGAGCGAGCGCGCGCGCGUGUAGAUCAUCUUCAUGAGAAAAGAGUGUUGCUGUUAAUUCGCAGUGCCUUCUUUUCACCAUUUUAGCAUAUAUUCUUGUACUCUUCUCACAAUUAAGAGUGUCAUUUCGUUAGACAGACAAAAUGGAGGUAUAAUACAAUUAUUCUUUGUGUCUGAAAACUGAGAAGUCUUUGCUUUUGCAAGGUCCAAACUCAGCAAAAAUACAUUUGACUGAAGAAAAUGAGGGACGCAAAUCUUCAACAACAAAAGAGAAUUUCAGGGUCAUAAGCAUAAGAAUUAAACCACUAAAAAGAAGAAAACUGUGGCAGCAUUAAUGGCGUCCUCUUCGUCCAACUCUCCAUGUGCAGCAUGCAAAUCCUUGCGCAGAAAGUGCCAACCGGAGUGCGUAUUUGCGCCGUACUUUCCACCGGAUCAGCCACAGAAGUUUGCAAAUGUGCAUAAAGUAUUUGGUGCAAGUAAUGUGACAAAACUUCUCAAAGAAUUGCAGCCUCACCAGCGCGAGGAUGCUGUCAAUUCCCUAGCUUAUGAAGCAGAAAUGCGCCUCAGGGAUCCGGUAUACGGUUGUGUCGGAGUCAUUUCCGUCCUCCAACACCAACUCCGCCAACUCCAAACGGACCUAAGAUAUGCCAAAUCCGAGCUCUCCAAAUAUAAGAACCUUGGCCACGACGGCCUCAUAGAGGCCUCCACGCACCACCAUCACCAUCCGAGAUCAACCUAAUUGGGAGCCUGUCGCCUCCUGGGAUCACCACUUCCAACAUCGAUUCUUCUCCAGCAAUUAGCAGCAGAUUUUCGGGGCAUUUGAUGGGAACAAUAGUUAUGAUGCAAGCAGCUUUCUAUUCAGUCAGUUUCAGCUAUCCAAGGCUGCUGGUGAAUCGGGGCGUAGGUAGUGGGGGCUGGGAUGGGCUAUUGGCUCCAACCCAUAUGGAAAAUUAAGAAUAAAUCGUGUAAUUUUGACCUAAAUAUUUUUGUAAGCGCAGCUCUAAUUUGAAUUCCAACUCAAGCCUAGCUCCACAACUAUUAAAUACUAUUUUUCACAUUA